CCCCUAACGAGGCACACUGGCGCCCCAAACCACCCCCAAUGGCCGCGUCCGCGCUACCGCACAGUGUAUCUACGAUCUGAUCUCAAACUUCUACCACUACAGCUACUUCAUGAGUAUAUCGAUAGUUCUACCCCGGGAAUCGUCGUCCUCAGAACACUCACCCACCGGGAAGGCUCUCGUUGCCCAAUUGAAGUCGUCUUCUCAGCGACCCAUUGUCUUUUUCGAUGAAACCAUCCAUGGAUACAUUCUCUACCAAGACCAGCUCGAACCCACAACAAAGAGAUCCACAGCAUACCUCGAUGUUUCCAUAGUUCCCGCCGACGUGGCUGAGGCACUGGAGCUCGACAGCUUUUCCAAGGACGAAUCGACCCACGAACCGUCUGAGGACCACGACUCGCCUGCAGGGUUUCAUUCCUCCAACUUUAGCAUCCUCGACUUGACUCUCAACGAGUCAGAUAUCGUCUACCAGGGCCAAACCGACGGCAACUACUACAUCGUCUGGCGGUUUGAAAUCCCGGUCACCUACCCCAGAAAGAAAUCACCCAACCCUCGAAUCAUGUUGACCUGCUACCUCCAUGCGGACGAGGAUUCUCAACAAAUAGAAGCCAUACCGAGUGAGCCCACCCACACCGAGGUCAUUCUCCCAGAUUACCAGCCGGGAAAACCUAAGAAUUUGUUCGCCGAGCUCAACAACCAAAUUGCAUCCAAUGGAAUCGAUUCGAAGCAAUUUGAGCUCUCAAGCUCGCUUAUCGAAUCAGACGACGCCAAGAGCAACAAUAACAGUGCUCUGAUCGAAUAUGCCAUCAAGAAUCCCAUCACCCCGAUUCCAAAGGUCGCCAACUCCAAAGACACCUUGAAGGCACAUCUAAGCAUUCCCGUAUCCGUGUCGAUUGUGAUCAAGUUAAAGUCUACUAAGCCAGCUGGAAGAAAUAACAUUUUGUUGGCUACAUUGAACAUAGAGUCUUCAGACGACCUUAUUAAGAUUCUGACAGAGGCUGGUCUCGAUUUUCAAUAUCAUUUCAAAAUAUUGAGCCUCAGCAUGGACUUCAAGUUCGGUGACAUCAAAGAGUUCAAAACCCAGGACUACGAGUAUCCGGUACAGUUCCGGCUUGGUGACGCCAUCAACUUAACUUACAAGCUAUUAAACAACGAAUUUUUGGAUAAGGAACUCAAGAACCUAGAUAACAAUAGCAACAACUUCCAGCACUCAAGACCGAUAAAUAUCAAACUUAAUUUGCAAGUCCAAAGCUACAAAAAGGCAACAAAACAAUUUGAGGGCCUUAGUAAUGUCAUUACCACCAACUGGUCUCCAUACUUGGAUUUUAGCAUCAUUGCUCCUCCCAUAAACAACUCAUUGAAGACUUCAAACAAUUAUUCACAAAUGCAAUCACAGACAGCAUUGCCACAGCAGCCUCCGUUUAUAAGAGGAGGCACAUCAACCCGGAAGUCGGCCAUGAUGAACAGUCUAUAUAAGUCAAAGAGUCCGAAUAGUUUGAACGCCAAGCCUGCAAACUCAACAGGGUCAUUGGCCAAUGGGAUGGUGUUCAACUCGAUGAAUCCUAAAAAAAUGAACACUUCGAUUGUGGGGCAGUCUUCUUCCUCAGUGACUGUCAAUCUUACCACUACUAGCAAUUCUACUUUAUCGGGAUUAAAGCUCACAUUCAAAGGAAAAUUGGAUAUUAAGCUAGGAGAGAUUAUAAACUGGAAGGUCCAGGCCAUCAAUAACUCCACGAAUAGGCUCAAUUUAUCCUUAAUUGUACAGAAUCCUAUCAACUUCAAUCCCAUUUACAGUACAAACUCGGCAUCGAACAACGUGUCGUCCUCGAAUUUGUUAAAUUCAGAUGGCCAAUCAGGAGAGAUACAGAGCGAUGACAUUAUCAUCUACAACAAACUCCAGCUCUACUCAUCUUACAAUGCUCUCAAGCUCGCCACCAACGGCAUUAUUAUACUCAACAACGAUAUAAGGAUAGGGCCCUUGGAUUCAGGUACAGUUUUUGAAACUGACAUCAAGUUGAUCGGUAUCUCCAAGGGUAUCUUCAACUUGGACGGAAUCAAGAUUUUUGAUAUCAACAGCGGAGAUGGUCUCGAUUUCGGAAAGUUGGUGGAAGUGUUUGUGGUGUAAGGCAGCAUAACUGUCUUGUUAGGGUUUGGGUAGCAGUCCAAUUAAGGGUUGGACAUUCAGCGUAGAUAGAGGACAGAUACAAAACAACGGCUAUUAUGCUGGAGUAGAAUAAACAUCUAAGCGAUAUCGAAAGUAUAAAUCUGUGAAAUGUGCAAGAAGCAACUUAUACAAUUUUUCGUGGGAUUCUCUGGUAAUAGCUUCCACCUGAACAGCUUGAAGUGGUGAUAAGGCAUGAUGUUGCACGGCACAAAGUGGAGUUUCCUAAAGCUAUUACAAAAGAGAGUGGUUUCCCUAACAAAAUGCUCUAGGUAGGUAGGUAGCCCUGUACUUGUAAUAUUAUCAGUAGAACUAGCAUCCUUC